AUGAUUCAGGCGGAGUCCGGCAUUGGCCAUGAUGCGCUUCGCGCGUCUGUCGACGUGGAAGCUGCAUAUCUGCGGAUGCUUGCUAGCCUUCUAACGAGCUCUUCGCUCAUGUGUGAAGCCGCAGAGACGCAGGCUAAAUAUCUCACGUGCAUGCAGAUGUACAUUAUGGGCGGCCCAUGGCCCAAACUCGGCACGACGAUGGCCGGCCAUAAGCGUUUGCAGAACGUUGCCACGCUCCUCCUCAACGCGCGCAGUGCCAAAGUCUCUGGAAGCUACGUCGAGUGCGGCGUGUGGCGCGGCGGAAUGUCCAUCUUUGCCAAGGCGGUGAUCGAGGUUUACCAGAUGCAGCGGCGCGUGUACCUGUGCGACUCGUUUCAGGGGCUGCCUCCACCUCGUUCAGGCAGCCUGCGACUCGACGAGACCAGCUACGCGGGUAAGAAAUUCAACGCCACGCUCGCCAAGGGCGAGGACACUGUGACGCGCAAUUUCUACCGGUUUGGAGUGUCUAUGGAGGGGGUGCGAAUGGUGCCGGGAUACUUUGUUGACUCGUUGCCGGGGCUGCGUGCCGAGCUCAAGGGCCGCGGCGAGCGGCUUGCGCUGCUGAGGCUGGAUGGCGAUAUGUACGACUCAACCAUUGACAUCCUUUACAAUCUUUACGACCUGGUCGAGGUCGGAGGGUUCAUCAUCAUUGACGAUUUUGGCUGGCGCCAGGGUAUCGGCACCUCCCGCAGAUCCUUGUGGGGCGCGAAGGACGCGGUGCUAGACUUCCGCGCCCUGCACGGGAUCGAGGAUGACGCGCACAUCUUCUACAACAUCGACGACGCUGGCGCAUGGUUCCGCAAGGCACGCCACGUCGAGAUCCGCCGCCAUCAGUACAAACGAGGCGUCGAGGAUGGCAACUACAGCGCACUGCGCCCAAUGCCAUUGCUCACGGCAAAGGACUAUGCGCGCCUGAUGCACAAGUACGAUGCGCACAAGAAUGACAGCCACCUGCUGCUCCCAGGACGCGCUGGAACGAAGCAGAGCGGAAGCUACACAAGAAAAGCCGGCUCCACCAAAUCAGCGGCGACAAGUGACAAGCAUAUAUAG